ACUUUACAAAAACUCAGCCAAGUGCACGGCGAAAACUGGCACGGCUACCGGCAAAUUAAAAUACGUGUUGUUUUUCACAUUUACGAAAUAAAAAAGAUAAAAGAUUGAAUCGACUCCGAGCACGAGCAAGCCAGGGCCCCAUCAGUUGCCGGCAAGCGAAGUCUAUUUCUCUUUAAUCCCCCUUCUCUCUGUCUUUUGUCGAGAGCAACUCAUAAAAUUGAGCAAAAAUGGAGAGCAAGCGGAAGCGCUCUUUCCUUGAAGAAAUCGAAGACACUGAAUCUGAAAAAUCCAAGCAGAAGAAGGUUAGAUUUCCUAAAGGUAAGAAGGUGAAGAGUGGAGAUGAAAUAGUGGACAGAAGCAAAGCUGGAGAAGAAGGUCCAAGUGAGAGGAAGGAUCCUCGUCUAGCUGCCAAGGAACGUGCUAUUCUUCGCAAUGAAAUUACUGCUCAAAUUUUUAGUGAAGAUACCAACGAUCCCUCUGCUGCUGAAGUCGCUUAUGAGGAGAAUGAGAACUUUGUUGAAGAUGGCAUUCAGAUAGAACCAUUUAAUCUCGAGAAAGAGAGAGAAGAAGGUUAUUUUGAUGCAGAGGGCAAUUUUGUUGAAUAUAUCAAUCAAAAUGAAAUCAAGGAUGCGUGGCUGGAUAGUAUUCAAGUUGAUCCAAGAUAUGCUGGGAAAAACUCUAUGGUUAGAAUUAAUGAACAUGAUGACAAAGAUGAUGUCCGUGAACUUUCUUCCGAAGAAAUUGGAGCAAUGAAGAAGCGCAUUGCCAACUUGCUUGAGCCAGGAGAAACAGUCUUACAAGCUUUGAGAAGGUUGAAAGGAAGAUCAAAUAAGAGCAAGGAAAAGAUGCCGACUGAGACACAGCUUCUGUUUGACCAGCUAACUGAAGAUGCCAACAAGUUGUUGGAUCAUGGCGAGUACAAUGUAUAUUAUGACAAGCAAGAGGUUUUCAGGCGUGAGGCAGAAGGAUAUGAAAGGUUAGCUUUAGCUAGGGGAAAGGGCAUGUCCAUCAGUGAUGUCUUGGAGGAUUCUGAUUUUAGGAUGGAGAAGGACUUGUCAUCUGGUGUGACUGAUCGUGGUGCAGCCUCUUCAGUGCUCUCUGAUAUGGAUGUGGGUACUUCAAUCCCAAAUGUAUCUACUGCAGAAAUCUCAGGCAAUGACGGUAAUGCAUACGACAUGUUUGAGGAUGAUGAGGACAAUGCUAUAGCUGUUGCAUCAUCUGACAUUAGUAAUUUGGUCCCUGGCACCAAGUCUAAUGUAGCCUGUCAACCAUCAUCAGAUGGUCUUAAUGACAUCUCUGGAACUGGACCCUUGCAAAAUGAUUAUGUCUAUGAUGAGAAUUCUGGGUACUACUACAGCAGCAGUUUGGGAUAUUAUUAUGACCCAUCUACAGGACUGUUCUGCCAGGCAACAUCAGGGCAAUGGUACUUAUUCAACGAGGAAACUGGCACGUACAAUGAAAUUCAUGAGGUUGCAACCAAUGCAAACUAAAGGAACUGGUUUUGUUGCUUGUUUGAGGAGUUUGUACAGGUUUACAGAGGAAAAGUUGUGAUAUGUGAACUGAUAUAACAACUGUUCUCUAUGCUAGUGAGCUAGCCUGACCCAUGAAAUGAGUUAUCAUUUUGAAAGACAAGCUAAAGUUUCUCGAUUGUGAAUGCUAAUGAGGACUUGUAGGUAUGUGGUGUUUUACCAUUUGUGUUUAGAAGCCUAUCAUCUACAAAAUCUUGAUGUUUUAUUGUGAAAAGGAUAGGAUGAAGCAAAUUUAUCCAAGCAUCUGUUAGAAAUUUCUCCCAACACUUCUGAAGAUUGUUAUUUCAUUGAUUGGGUUACUUUUCUUUGGCUUUGAUAUCCAUUAUUGAGGCACUAUCUCUUUAGUUAGGAAGUUGUUUUGAAUUUUCUAGUGCAUUGUUUAUUCUCGUUGGUUGAUUCUUCUGGAAUUGCAAAUAUAAUUGGCACUGCCGCUUGUCAUGAACUUUUUGUAAUUAUGCAGUUCGCUGCAUACAAAGAUUUCACAUCGCUGCUUGAUCUAGUCUUCACAUUGAGCAGCAUUACAGAGUGACCAAGAACCUAAAAUCAGGGAAACCCUGCUAGUAGAAAUUUUGAAGCUUUGGCGAUUCAGAAAUUGUGAACUAUAUCAACUUUUCUUGAGAUAUAUUGGAUGGUUGAACUUCCUGCUGCUAGAAAUUGGCGAGUGAAGAUCGGAAGAUACUUGAUUGUGAGUUGUUUCCCAUGUUCUCUUUGUAAGACCAUUUUUUUUUUUUAAAAAAAAAAACUUGAGUUGGUUAUUUGAUUUGCAAGUUAACUCAUUCAUGACCUGAGACUUGGGCCAGGUUAAUGAUAGUAAUUAGGUGAUAAUGGAAUGGAAAACUUACCCUGCAAAUUAAAGCUUCUAAAUUCUAUUAGUUAUUCUAAAUUUUAUUCAUGGAAUCAACAUUGAUGGCUUUGAUGUUGGCCAUGAUAGUUGUAACGGAGUUAAAUUUGUUAGGGAUAUGUUGACAAAAACAGUGUUGAAACGACACAUUGAACAGUGGCAACUCAAGGGACAGUGUCAAAAUCAGCAACAUCGACAAAAUUGACAGUAGGGGUUGACGAUGAGUCUAGAUGAUAGAUAGUCCAAAGCUUGUUGAAAACACUACUAGAACAAAUGACAACAUGUAUAAGCAAUGACAGCAUGUAUGUACACUGAUAGAUUAGGUAGCAAUGUACGUCUAACAAUUCAGCAAGAUAUAGGUUGAUGUGACGAAUUCUGACUUGGACGACAAAUAUUUUAAAGCAUGCAAGCACACCUAUUUUGGCAGCACUUGAGUUGGUAGAAUAGACAACUGGUUUGUUGGGUGGCAAGCCAAGGGAGAUGCAAUAGUUGGGGCAGUUAUUAGCAUUUGAUUGUUCACAAAACUUGCAUGUAGUCUUUAUAUAGUUUAUAUGUAAGUGUGUAGCAUGUAAGUUCUAUGAGUAGGUAAAAUCAUUGUGCAUCGCAUGCACAAAUAAACUUGUGUAUUCUUUUUGUUGAGAUUAAUAAAAGUUUGGGAUUAUUCUUAUAAUUCAACGUAAAUAGACUUGUGUAUUCUUUUCGUUGAGAUUAAUAAAAUGUUGAGAUUAUUCUUA